UACACCCCCUGACAAACUCACAAGCUUUCUCUGAAUCUCUGUCCAUUAAACAACAAAAAAAUUCGCAUACAUGUCCUUGAAAGCGAAAGAUAUUUAUGCGUGCAUGUGAAUACACAGUGAGAGAGAGAGAGAGAGAAUCUUGGAAAUUUGACAAGGGAGAGAGAGAGAGAGAGAGAGAGAUGAGAGGACUCAGAGCACUCUGUUUUUUCUUCGCAGUGUCUCUGUUUUUGCUUGUUCAAAAUGAGGUUAAUGGUGAUAGUCCUUAUAGAUUCUACACUUGGAAAAUCACUUAUGGUGAUAUCUACCCACUGGGUGUUAAACAACAGGGAAUCUUGAUAAAUGGGCAGUUUCCUGGGCCACAAAUCGACUGCAUCACUAAUGACAACCUCAUUAUCAGUGUCUACAACUACUUGAACGAGCCAUUUCUCAUCUCUUGGAAUGGGUUGCAACACAGGGGGAAGUCGUGGCAGGACGGAGUCUACGGCACAAACUGUCCAAUCCUGCCGGGCAAGAAUUUCACUUACCUUCUUCAAGCAAAGGACCAAAUUGGCAGCUUCUUCUAUUUCCCCUCUCUUGCAUUCCAAAAGGCAGCCGGAGGUUUUGGCGGCAUUAAAAUCUAUAGCCGCCCUCGAAUUCCAGUUCCUUUCCCUCCUCCCGCUGGUGACCAUACCGUACUCGCUGGAGACUGGUUCAAGAGAAGUCACCGUGGAUUAAAAUGGAUACUGGAUGGUGGUCACAAUCUUCCAUUCCCCGAUGGCCUUCUCAUCAACGGGCGUGGGUGGAAUGGGUACACAUUCGCAGUCGACCAAGGCAAGACAUACAGGUUCAGGAUAUCCAAUGUGGGCACUUCUACAUCAAUCAACUUCAGAAUCCAAGGACACGCAAUGAAAUUGGUGGAGGUGGAAGGAUCACAUACGCUGCAGAACACGUACUCUUCCCUGGACGUUCAUCUGGGCCAAUCCCUUUCUGUCUUGGUGAUUGCUGAUCAGCCUCCAAAGGACUAUUACAUCGUCGUUUCUUCGCGGUUUACCUCUCCCGUACUCACAACCACGGCUAUUCUACAUUACAGGAACUCAUUUACUAGGGUUUCUGGGCCCCCUCCUGGUGGACCUACCAUUGAUAUUGGUUCAUCUCUCAGUCAGGCUAGAUCUAUAAGGUGGAAUCUCACGGCGAGUGGACCCCGCCCGAACCCCCAAGGAUCCUACCACUACGGAAUGAUCAAAACAUCGCGCACAAUCGUCCUCGCAAACUCUGCCCCUUACAUCAACGGCAAGCAGAGGUACGCCGUCAACAGCGUCUCAUACGUUCCCGCCGACACUCCUUUGAAACUCGCAGACUAUUUCAAGAUCGGCGGUGUUUUCAAUCUCGGAAGCAUCCCUGAUAAUCCCAGUUAUGGGAAUGGGUACCUUGCAACCUCUGUUAUGGCUGCUGAUUUCCGGGCUUUCGUUGAGAUUGUGUUCCAGAAUUGGGAGGAUUCUGUGCAGUCUUGGCAUAUUGAUGGGUAUUCCUUCUUUGUUGUUGGGAUGGAUGGGGGACAAUGGACUCCAGCAAGCAGAUCAAAAUACAAUCUAAGGGAUUCGGUUGCCCGUUGCACUACUCAAGUGUAUCCCAGGUCAUGGACAGCAAUCUACAUGGCUUUGGACAAUGUUGGGAUGUGGAACAUCAGGUCAGAGAACUGGGCAAGGCAAUACUUGGGCCAACAGUUCUACCUCAGGGUUUACUCCCCUGCCAAUUCAUGGAGGGAUGAACUACCUAUCCCCAAGAAUGCCCUUCUUUGUGGCCGGGCCUCCGGUCGCCACACUCGGUCUUUUUGAUUUCGCUUGGCCUAGUUUUCAGUCACGAGAGGGUGACUGUCAGAGAGGGUUUUCCGCGGGAAUAAAUCUCAGUUCAGAGCUCGAACUCGAGUUACUUGAGUAGCAUUAGUUUUCGAAAUUCUUUUUUUUUUUCUCUUGGAUUUUCAAAUUUGGGAUUUACUUUUUGAAUUUUUGUUGUUGUUGUUGUAACCAUUUCUAGUGCCAUAAUCCAAUGAUAAAAAUGAAUCGUUUUUAGUUA